AUGGUGGGAUGCACAGGCACAGGCAAGACAUCGCUGGCUCGACGUGCAGGCUUGACGCCUCAGGAGGCAGCAGAGGAACCGCAAGAAGUUCCCACAUUGACAGUCAGGUGCCACAGAGCCGUGGUUUCUGAUGAUGCUACAGCGAUGCAGGUGGAAUUCCGGGAGGCGCCUAUCUGGGAGCUGGUUCUCGACGCGGAGUCGCAUUUCGCGAACGGCCCUGAUGGUGUAUUAUUCGUGGUGGACUGCACGAGGAAGGAGACGGUCGACGAGGUGCUGCUUCACUGGCUGCACGUUGCGAGAUACCACUGUGGACCUCAGGCUCCUUUUCUGUUUGUUGGCAUGAAGAAAGACCUCGUGCCGCAGGAGGAAGUGACUGCAUUGCAGUCUCGUCUGGAGCAGCUACACCUGCCGACGCUGAUAGGGAGCUGCCUGGAUCCUACAUUCCCGAGUUCCAUGCUGAAGGAGUUGCUGCGACUUCGUCAGCACCCCCAUGCGCAUCGUGGAGCCCCUUUGCUGGCGCCAUUGCCGUUGCUGGCAGGGCCCGAAGAAGAGUUGGCCGUCGCCGGUUCGGGCGACGGAAGGAGCAACGACCCGGAGGCUCCCUGGGCAUUGACGAGCCAGAGCGCCGUAGCGCCUCCCUCUCUUCGCGCCGCAGCGGCCGCGGCUGCGGCCGGGGCGGGAGACCCCACACCCCCGCGGGCCACGCCGCGGGCCACGCCGCGGGAGCUCCGCGCGGUGGCGGAGGCGCCAAGGUCCGCGCGGAGCUCCGCGCGCGAGGCUUGGCAGAUCGCGCGAGGCGAGGGCGAAGAGCGAUGGAGCGAAGUGUCCAUCUCAGCGCGCAUUGAUGCGGCAGAUCGGGGAGCCUGGCAGGGUGGAGGACGCAGCCCCUCGUACUUCGGCUUUUGGGCAAAUAUCCCAGUUGUGGCGAAGCAAGUUGAGCGGUCGCUGCUGUUGAAGCGCUGCGGUGCCGGCAGAGCCGACCCGGAGGAGAAGCUGCGCCGUUUGCUUCGAGAGCUUUCGCAAGUCGAAUGUCCUUACCUCGCGAAGUUCUAUGGGGCCUGCUUGGACGAGCCGGAGCAGCCUGUGUAUUUGGUGAUGGAGUACAUGUCGGGAGGUGACCUGGAGCGCUUCUUGAGGAGCAAGCGGCAAGAGCUGCACCGACCCUGGGCACCACCCAGGUCCUUACUUCUUAGCUGGUCCAUCAGCGCUGCCGGUGCUGUGGCUUUCCUUGCGGGACUCAGUCCCCCGAUUGCGCAUGGAAACUUGAGACCGUCAAAUCUUCUCCUUUGUACCAGCCUGGCACUGCGGCUAAGCCCAUCAGGAGCACUGGCGCCGAUCGACCACAGACAUCAGGCAGAGGUUGGCGCUCCCAGUUUGGAGAGCUGCCUCUACUCGGCGCCAGAGGUCCUUGCAGGGGAGCCCUGCAAUGAGGUCGAGAAAUGCAUUGCAGCCGACGUCUUUGCACUUGGUCUCGUGCUGUGGCUCAUGUGCACAGGAAUUCGGCCUUUCCAGCACCUUGACAAUGAUGGAAUGCACAAGCCGUCAGACCACGUGAUGGAGGCUUUCAAGGAGGGCCGCGUGCCGCGGCCGAGUCUUCAAGCAGUGAAAGACAGUCGGUUUCGUGGUCUUCUGCGCCAGGCCUGGCAUGAGAAGCCGGAGGAGCGGCCUCAUCCUGCAGAGAUCCUGCGCCGCUUGCAGGAGAUCGAGGUCUUCGCAGCCUCCUGCUUGGCGUGCUGCUGGGGGCCGGAGCCGGUGCCGCGCUCUCCGAUGCGAACUUUGAGUCCAAGUCCCAGCGUUUUGAGCUUUCCGCUCCUCGACGAGGAUGACCCGGAAGCGGAGAUUGAGCAAGAGAUUGCUCAAAAGUCUCCAGGACGCCUGUGGGCUCCUCCCUGCACCAUGUCCGCGUCCUAUGAUUGCUGCGGCAACUGCGGACACGAGAGGCUGCAGUCGGAGAAGGCGAUAUGGGUGCUGGGCAUAUGGCGCGGUCUGCUGCUGGGAGUUCUUCAUGCGUUCCAGUCAUUCACCAACGACUUGCUAGUGGCCACGGGCAGGAAUCACAAAGAGGCAGGCUCAGUCGUUGCAGUCAACCAGAUGAUCGCACUGCUUCUGAUGCCACUGGUCGCUUUCUCCGGAUAUUUCGUCGGGUUGCGCAUCAUGCUGGUGGUCAUCUCUUUGCUGCCAUUCUUCGGUACUCUGGCACUGCUGGCGGCACCUUCGUUGCUUCUCGAAGCAGGUCUCCUGGCCAUUGCUGUUGCUGCCACAGUCAUGCCGGUGUUACCGCUUGUACUGGUCCCGGCUAACAGCCGAUCUUGUGGCAAGUCCUUCGGCCUGCUCGAUUCCCUCUACGGCUUGGGCCAGGCAACCGUCACGGUUGCGAUCGGUGCCUUGCGCGAGGAGGGGGGCUUUGAAGCAGCCUUGCCGUUUCUCGCAGCAGCGUUUGCCUCCGCAGCCCUGCUUUCUGUGUGGGUGGCGCAUGUCGAUGCUGGACCCGGAAUUUGUAGAGGCAUGACGAGUGGCUCCGACUCGAAUCACGCACAUCCAAGGUCGAUUGUGAUCUACAUGGCCCGGCAACAAGACAGCCAAAUUGAUGCUGCCUUGGGGAUGACCUCGCAGCCUGCGAGGGCGAGUGGCUUCGGAAAGUUCUUGCAGCACAGCUCUUGGUGCACAUCUUCAGAGGCCCAGCAACAAUUCUGGAAGCUGAGCGACGAGGAGCUAGGUGCGCUACUGUCGGACGAGGUGCUACCUUGGCAGCUUGCACCCGGACCUUUUUGGGGAGUGGGUCCGGACCUUCCCGGCCUCGGCGUUUGA